AUGAGCGGUAAUGGGCAUGUGCACUGCUGUCAGAAUAUAUGGGAUAUUGGUAUGGAGGCAUAUCACAUGACCAGUUUCGGGGCGCCCGACCGCUUGAACAAGGGCGGCUCACCUGUAACCUGGGGGAGAAUCGAAGUCAUUGACUAUAAUGCCAAGAAAUUAUCGAUGACAAGCCUGUUUCAACCCGUGGGCGGUUUUAUAUAUAAUCUUGACCUGACCCAAACCCAACGGGCUGGGUUGAAAAACCUCAAAAACCCGGCCCAACCCGCGGGCCUAACAAGUCUACUGUCUACAUCUGACUUUUCGGAUAUAGUGACACUUUUGCGUCUACUAUCUUAUCCAACUCACUGGCUGAUCUACUGGCCAAGUUGA